UCAUUAAUAACAACAUCGUCAUCAAGAAUUAUUGUUGAUCCAGCAGCAGGUACAAUAACGGCUACAGAUUUGGCAAUUAGUGAAAUUGGAAUGUACAUUAUUAAACUUCAAAUAACAUCAUCAAAUCGUGUAUAUUCAUUUCCAUUUACUUCAAAUGGUAUUUUAGUUAAAGAAAAUUCAACUGUUCUCGAAGUUUUUACCGGUUUUCCAACAUCAAAUAUAACCUAUAAUGUUGAUUAUGAUUCAUAUGUAGCAAAUGGUCAACUCGAAAUUUUACGAGCUACGAUCUAUAAUUAUUUAUAUUUUGUUGUGAAAUUACCUAUUAGUAGUAAUAUCGUCCUAGUAAAAGGUAGUACCAUUUGUGCUUUAAGUUUCAACUCUGGUACUCUUGGCAGAGCUCAGGCUCUGCUAUCAGGUUUUACUUCAAUGUUAACAAGUCGAAAUGCUAUAUCCGGUGUACCACUUUCUUCAAUCAAUUUUUUGGGUCGAUCAUAUACUGUUUCAUCGGAUUCAAGCUCAAGCUCAAGUAGCGAUGGAAGUAAUAUAGGAUUAAUUGUUGGUCUUGUUGUGGGUCUAGUUGGUGGUACUAUUGUUAUUGUUGGUAUAAUUUUUGGUUUUUAUCAAUGUCAACUGAAAAACAAAGGUCUACGUCUUGUAAAUAAUGUUGAAGAAGUAAAUUCAUAUCCAAAUCAAUUAGGACGAAAUAAUGAAAAUACGACAAGUCCAGUAAGACCAGUAGAUGAUGGUUCUCAUUUAAUACGACGUACGUCCAUUACAUCACCAACUCCAUCAAAUUUUGAUAAUAAUCGACUUCAUUCACCAUUAUCAAAUGAUGCAAAUGAAAAACGAGCUCCAUCAGCUUCAGUUAGCAUUACUAUGCUUGGUCCUAUGUCAUCAGCUGCUCAAACACGUCCAUGUACACCAAUGUCAGCUGUUGAACUUAUCAAACUUGACUAG